UCAUUUUCUCUAUUCCCCAUUGAUGCUUGGUUUUCUUCUUCUGUCUUCUCUGUUUUGGUAAACCACUUUUGUUCACCAAAAUGCUCUACUCCCAAAACACCUUUCUCACUCAAUCCAACCAGGGGCACAGAAUACUCACAGACAUUCACCUACCCUUUUCUUCAACCAUUUAGUCUCUCUCUGCUAUAUCCCUCUUAAUACAUAUUCUCUGUCUCUUUCUCUCUUUCUCCAUAUAUAUACAUACUUUUUUUUUUCUCUUUAUAUAUAUAUAUAUAUAUACACAUUGUCAUAUACCGUGGGUGUUUGCUUUCUGGGUUUUUGGGGAGAGAGAAAAUGAAGAGGUCUCCUGCCAAUUCUUCUUCUUCUACUUCAUCUUCUUCUUCAUCUUCUUGUCCUGGUCCUGAAAUUGUCCCUAUUGAUCAAUCUCAAAAACCCAAAACAAAACGUCCUAGAAAAACCAAAUGUUUGCAGAAUAAUGCCAAAGGCCCAAAUGCCAGUGGAGGAGGAGGAAGAAGAAGCUCCAUUUACAGAGGAGUCACCAGACAUAGAUGGACUGGAAGGUUUGAAGCUCAUCUAUGGGAUAAGAGUUCAUGGAACAACGUUCAGAACAAAAAAGGCAAACAAGUUUAUUUGGGGGCAUACGACACUGAGGAGGCUGCAGCUCGUACCUAUGACCUUGCUGCUCUAAAAUACUGGGGUCCAACUACGACAUUGAAUUUCCCGAUAGAAUCAUACACCAAAGAAGUGGAACAAAUGGAGAAGGUGUCCAAGGAAGAAUACUUGGCAUCAUUACGGCGUCGUAGCAGUGGGUUUUCUAGAGGUGUUUCUAAGUACCGUGGGGUCGCAAGGCAUCACCAUAAUGGACGAUGGGAAGCAAGAAUUGGUCGAGUUUUUGGAAAUAAAUAUCUCUACUUGGGAACUUAUAAUACACAAGAAGAAGCAGCAGCAGCAUAUGAUCUGGCAGCAAUUGAAUACAGAGGAGCUAAUGCAGUGACCAAUUUCGAUAUCAGCAACUAUAUUGACCGAUUGAAGAAGAAGAAGAUUGUUCCUUUGAAUCAAACCCAGGAACAAUUUCCAAGCUCCACCAAUGGUGAAGGAGAAGUGGAAGCUGAAGUUGAUCGGCAACAGCAGCCAUUGAUGAUGCAGCAGCCAUUGGGUAUCACUGCUACUACUCCUCAAGGUCCAUGCACACAGAUGCUUUCGUGCAUGGAUUCUUCAGCAAUUGGGAUGAUGGAACAUGAAGGACUCAAUUGGAGCUUCUUGGAUACUGGGUUUGCGCAUCUUCCGAUGCCUGAUCUUCCCUUUGAGAGAACUCCCCAGUUACCGGAUUUGUUUGAGGAUACAGGGUUUGAGGAUAAUAUUGAUUUAAUAUUUGGAGUUGUUUCCGACUCCAAUGGCGACAACGUCUUAUUGGGGAAUGGCAGUGACGAGGUCGGUGUUUCGGGGAACAUGGAGGACAUUAAUGUACAAGAGAGGCUCUUGUCUUCCUCGUCUCCUUCUUCUUCUUCAACUACAACCUCUGUUUCUUGUAAUUAUUCUGGUUAAAAACAUUUUAGUCCUUUUUUUUUUCUUUUUCUUUUUUUUCUUUUUUCAAUUGGGUUAGGGGUUUAGGGUUUUGUUGUUUGGAUGUUUUAUGGGGGUUUGGAAAAUAUAAUUUAGAAUGUUGUUGGCUUUUACUUUGGGAAUUUUCCUUUUUGGUUUAUUUUAACCACAGUCAGAGAAAAAAAAAAAUGGAGACAAGGAAGUGGGAAUCUAGAUGAGGUUUUUCCUCUUUUUCAUUUUACAGUUCAAUCAAUUGGGGUUAGUUUUUGUUUAAUGGGGUUGCUGACUCAAGCUGAUUUAAGAGUCAAAAUCAAAAUCUCAGGUUGAUUUGGGUAGGAGAAGGCAAUCCUGAGGUGUAAGAGUGAAGAGAUGAGUUUUUCAGUUAUAAACUUAUUAUAUCUUUAAGCAUAAGAUGUAUUAUAUUA